GGGUUUGCUUCCUGUCUCUCCAAGGAUGGGUCUCCAGGGGAUGUUCUGCUUCCCCCUGGGCCUCCUAUUUGGGUCUUUGCUCCUGGUGGCCUCGGCCCCGGCCACUCUCGAGCCUCAUGGCUGCAGUGACAGGGAGCAACAGGUCACCGUCAGCCACACCUACAAGAUUGACGUGCCCAAGUCUGCCCUGGUCCAGGUGGAGGCCAACCCCCAGCCUCUCAGUGAUGAUGGGACCUCACUCCUGGUCCCAGGGGAGGCCGAGGAACAGAACAUCAUCUUCAGGCACAACAUCCGCCUGCAGACGCCACAGAAGGACUGUGAGCUGGCAGGCAGCGUCCAGGACCUCCUGGCCCGGGUGAAGAAGCUGGAAGAAGAGAUGGCGGAGGUGAAGGAACGGUGUAGCGCCCAGCGCUGCUGCCAAGGAGCUGCCGGUCUGAGCCGCCACUGCAGCGGCCGCGGGACCUUCUCCCCGGAGACCUGCAGCUGCCGCUGCGAGCAGGGCUGGGAGGGCGCCGAGUGCGAGCGGCCCGCCUGCCCCGGGGCGUGCAGCGGCCAUGGGCGCUGCGUGGACGGCCGCUGCCUGUGCGACGAGCCCUACGUGGGGGCCGACUGCGCCUACCCCGCCUGCCCCGAGAACUGCAGCGGGCACGGCGUGUGCGUGCGCGGCGUGUGCCAGUGCCACGAGGACUUCAUGUCGGAGGACUGCAGCGAGCGGCGCUGCCCCGGCGACUGCAGCGGCCACGGCUUCUGCGACGCGGGCGAGUGUUACUGCGAGGAGGGCUUCACCGGCCUCGACUGCGCCCAGGUGGUCGCCCCCCAGGGCCUGCAGCUGCUCAAGAGCACGGAGCAUUCCCUGCUAGUGAGCUGGGAGCCCUCCAGCGAGGUGGACCACUACCUGCUCAGCUACUACCAGCUGGGGAAGGAGCUCUCUGGGAAGCAGAUCCCAGUGCCCAAGGAGCAGCACACCUACGAGAUCACUGGUUUGCAGCCUGGAACCAAGUACAUAGUCACCCUGCGCAACGUGAAGAAGGAGGUUUCCAGCAGCCCCCAGCAUCUCCUGGCCACCACAGAUCUUGCUGUGCUGAGCACUGCUUGGGUGACGGAUGAGACUGAGAACUCCCUCGACGUGGAGUGGGAGAACCCCCCGACCGAGGUGGACUACUACAAGCUGCGGUACGGCCCCCUGACAGGGCAGGAGGUGGCCGAGGUCACUGUGCCCAAGAGCAGUGAUCCCAAGAGCCGAUAUGACAUCACUGGUCUGCAGCCCGGGACGGAGUACAAGAUCAGAGUUGUCCCCAUGAGAGGAGACCUGGAGGGCAAGCCGAUUCUCCUCAAUGGCAGGACAGAAAUUGAUAGUCCAACCAAUGUGGUCACUGAUCGAGUGACAGAAGACACGGCAAUGGUCACCUGGGACCCAGUCCAGGCUGUCAUAGAUAAGUACAUGGUACGCUACAUCUCCGCUGAUGGGGAGAGCAAGGACACAGCGGUACCCAAGGAGCAGAACAGCACCAUCUUGAUGGGCCUGAAGCCGGGAGAGACGUACAGAGUCUAUGUUUGGGCUGAGAAAGGCAACCAGGAGAGCAAGAAGGCCGACACGAAGGCCCUCACAGAAAUUGACAGCCCAACAAACCUGGUGACUGACCUGGUGACGGAGAACAUGGCCACUGUCUCCUGGGACCCGGUGCAGGCCGUCAUUGACAGGUACAUGGUGCGCUACACCUCUGCUGAUGGAGACACCAGGGAGGUUCCAGUGGGGAAGGAGCAGAACAGCACCAUCCUGACGGACUUGAGGCCGGGUGUGGAGUACACGGUCCACGUGUGGGCCGAGAAGGGGGACCGGGAGAGCAAGAAGGCCGACACCAAGGCCCCAACAGAAAUUGACAGCCCCAAAAACCUGGUGACCGACCGGGUGACAGAGAACACGGCCACCAUCUCCUGGGACCCGGUGCAGGCCGUCAUCGACAGGUACAUGGUGCGCUACACCUCUGCUGAUGGAGACACCAGGGAGGUUCCAGUGGGGAAGGAGCAGAACAGCACCGUCCUGACAGACCUGAGGCCUGGCGUGGAGUACGUGGUCCACGUGUGGGCUGAGAAGGGGGACCAGGCGAGCAAGAAGGCUGACACCAAGGCCCCGACAGACAUUGACAGCCCCAAAAACCUGGUGACUGACUUGGUGACGGAGAACACGGCCACCAUCUCCUGGGACCCGGUGCAAGCCGUCAUUGACAGGUACAUGGUGCGCUACACCUCUGCUGAUGGAGACACCAGGGAGGUUCCAGUGGGGAAGGAGCAGAACAGCACCAUCCUGACGGACCUGAGGCCGGGCGUGGAGUACACGGUCCACGUGUGGGCCGAGAAGGGGGAUCGAGAGAGCAAGAAGGCUGACACCAAGGCCCCAACAGACAUUGACAGCCCCAAAAACCUGGUGACCAACCUGGUAACAGAGAACACGGCCACUGUCUCCUGGGACCCGGUGCAGGCCGUCAUUGACAGGUACAUGGUGCGCUACACUUCUGCUGAUGGAGACACCAGGGAGAUUCCAGUGGGGAAGGAGCAGAGCAGUGCCAUCCUGACGGACCUGAGGCCGGGCGUGGAGUACACGGUCCAUGUGUGGGCCGAGAAGGGGGAUCGAGAGAGCAAGAAGGCCGACACCAAGGCCCCGACAGACAUUGACAGCCCCCAAAACCUGGUGACCAACCAUAUGACUGAGAACACAGCUGCUGUCUCCUGGGAUCCAGUACAGGCCGUCAUUGACAGGUACAUGGUGCGCUAUACCUCUGCUGAUGGAGACACCAGGGAGUUUCCAGUGGGGAAGGAGCAGAACGGCACCAUCCUGACGGACCUGAGGCCGGGCGUGGAGUACACGAUCCACGUGUGGGCCGAGAAGGGGGACCAGGAGAGCAAGAAGGCCGACACCAAGGCCCCGACAGAAAUUGACAGCCCCAAAAACCUGGUGACCAACCAGGUGACGGAGAACACGGCCACUGUCUCCUGGGACCCGGUGCAGGCCGUCAUCGACAGGUACAUGCUGCGUUACACCUCUGUUGAUGGAGACACCAGGGAGCUUCCUGUGGGGAAGGAGCAGAACAGCACCGUCCUGACUGGCCUGAGGCCGGGCGUGGAGUACACGGUCCACGUGUGGGCUGAGAAGGGGGAUCGAGAGAGCAAGAAGGCCGACACCAAGGCCCCAACAGAAAUUGACAGCCCCAAAAACCUGGUGACCGACCGGGUGACAGAGGACACGGCCACCAUCUCCUGGGACCCGGUGCAGGCCGUCAUCGACAGGUACAUGGUGCGCUACACCCCUGCUGAUGGAGACACCAGGGAGGUUCCAGUGGGGAAGGAGCAGAACAGCACCGUCCUGACUGGCCUGAGGCCGGGCGUGGAGUACACGGUCCACGUGUGGGCUGAGAAGGGGGACCAGGCGAGCAAGAAGGAAGACACCAAGGCGCUGACAGACAUCGACCCUCCCCAAAACCUUCGUUCGUCUGCUGUAACACAGUCUGGUGGGGUAUUGACCUGGACACCCCCCUCUGCUCAGAUUGAUGGCUACAUUCUGACCUACCAGUUCCCAGAUGGCAAUGUUAAGGAGGCACAGCUCGGACGAGGGGACCAGAGGUUUCAGCUGCAAGGCCUUGAGCAGGGCAUCACCUACCCUGUCUCCUUGGUUGCCUUUAAAGGUGAUCGUCGGAGCAGGAGUGUGUCCACCAUCCUUUCCACAGUUGGCGCCCGUUUUCCACACCCUUCGGACUGCAGUCAAGUUCAACAGAACAAUGACGUUGCCAGUGGCCUAUACACCAUCUACCUGCACGGUGACGCCAGCCGGCCCCUGCAGGUGUACUGUGACAUGGACACGGAUGGAGGCGGCUGGAUUGUCUUCCAGAGGCGGAACACUGGGCAGUUGGAUUUCUUCAAGCGUUGGCGGGCCUAUGUGGAGGGCUUUGGGGACCCCAUGAAGGAGUUCUGGCUUGGACUUGACAAGCUACACAAUCUCACCACUGGCACUCCUACCCGGUAUGAGGUGAGAGUGGACCUACAGACUGCCAAUGAGUCCGCCUAUGCCAUAUAUGAUUUCUUCCAAGUGGCCUCCAGCAAGGAACGGUACAAGCUCACAGUUGGGAAAUACAGAGGCACAGCGGGGGACGCUCUUUCUUACCACAACGGAUGGAAGUUUACGACUUUUGACAGAGACAAUGAUAUCGCCCUCAGCAACUGUGCCCUGACGCAUCAUGGUGGCUGGUGGUACAAGAACUGCCACUUGGCCAACCCAAAUGGCAGAUAUGGGGAGACCAAGCACAGUGAGGGGGUGAACUGGGAGCCGUGGAAAGGACAUGAAUUCUCCAUUCCUUAUGUGGAGUUGAAAAUCCGCCCUCAUGGCUACAGCGGGGAGCAUGUCCUGAACAGAAAGAAGCGGACACUAGGAGGAAAGACGAGAACAUUCUGAUGGCCCAUGUGAGAGACUGUCACACGAGACAAGACCAGUCCCGGGUUGGGGCUGCGAAAGCUUGGGGUGGGGUGGGUAGUGGUGACUGGCUAAUGGACAUUUGAAGGAUGCUCAGGACCUCUAGUUUCUGAAAUGGCUGGAUAACCUGCAGGACAAAACGUGUCACCAAGCUUCAAACCAGAGAGGUUACUUUCUGUCCCCUGCAUUUUUGCCCAUUAUAUUGGGGGGCCUGAAAAUCAACACAAUAGUAGUUGCACAGUUGUGUGGGAAAGACAGCACUGGAACUGCAAGGUUUUUCAGCCUACCUUCAGCAACAAAUACAAGGAUUAGGGCAAAA